AUGUUUUCUAUUAGUGUACGAUCUAUUAAGGAGCCACCUAUCAGUCGGAUUUCUAUACCCGAUGAAAAAUGGCAGACGGGUUCUCGCAGCCACUACCAUAAGUUUUCUUAUCGAAUACUCUGGGCAAGGAAGCCGACGGGGAGACAUAAAUACACAGUGGUUACGGUGAUUUUAUAA